AUGGAAGGAAGCGAUGCAAUUAUUAUCACUGCUGCCGUAUUUUUGAGCAUCUCGCUCGCCGCUGUCAGUCUUCGGUGUUACGUUCGGUUGGGGAUAGUCAAAGCAUUUGGGCAUGAUGAUGCCUUGAUGGUUGCAGCGACUAUAUUUAAUAUCGGCUUUGCCACGUGCGGCAUUGUGGGCGCCGUAUAUGGCAUGGGGAAGACUCCAGUCUAUCUAGCCCACCACCAAGAGGAUCUGCGACGUGGUUUAUUGAUACCACGCGGAAAGUGUUGGUGGCUAGGUCAGGUUCUUUACGUAUUCACUUGCACAAUUGCCAGGCUAUCCAUUGCCACAACUCUGCUUCGGCUUACGAUUCAUCGUACUCACUCGUACAUUUUGUACGGAGUAGUUACCUUUUCAACUGCUGUCGGGAUCGUUUUUCUAUUCUUCACUAUUUUUCAAUGCCAUCCAGUAACUUACUAUUGGAACCACUAUCCAGAAACUGGCCAUUGCCUCGGCAUCAACAUCCUCCUUGGCAUCGUCUAUAUGUAUAGCGGAAUGGCCGCCACGUGCGAUAUAAUUCUUGGAUCUCUACCCAUUUUGAUUAUAUGGAGACUCCAAAUGGAUCGUCGGACCAAGUGUGCUGUGUCGGGAAUUUUAGGGAUUGCUGGAAUAGCGAGUGCUGCCGUCAUCGUGCGCAUCCCAUUCCUCCAUCAUGCUAAGGAUCCGGACUUCCUUUAUGCAACAACACAGAUUUCAAUAUGGUCCAAUGUCGAGGCCAAUCUUGGAAUUACUGCUGGCAGUCUUGUAACAGUGCGACCAUUUCUUCGUGUAUUUGCAACUCAUAACUCGUGUGUCCAAUAA